AUGACACCCUCUACUGGUAAUACCGCCCAAGAGGAUUCAGCUUCAAAACAAUCAGCCGCCCUGAUUGACCCAAAGCUACUCUGGGACAAAGCGUACAACAGCCUCAGAAAAGACAAGCCUGGGUUGGUGGAGGCUUAUGAAAAGGUUCUGUCUUGUGAACUUGCAACACCCACUGCUUCCCCAGUAUCCAACAUCCAGCAAAACCUGAUCGAGCAGGAAGAUCCAGAGCUGCGACGAUCUCAGAUGAGACAGCUAGUUGACCAGGGUCUGGCCAAGACUGAGCAUGAGGCCAAGUUAAAACAGGGUGCUGGGCAUGUGGUGGAUGUGGCCCUUGCGGCAAACAACAUGAUCAGUACUGCACUCAAGGUAUGCCCAGAAGCUGCUCUUGCAUGGACUGGUGUUACUUUUGCUUUACAGAUGAUAGUCAACCCAAUUAAAGAAACAGAAACCAACCGUGCUGGCAUUGACUAUGUUGCUAGAAAGAUGGAGUGGUACUGGAACUUGUCUAGUCAUCUACUCAAGAGGCGGGACCUGAGUGGGAAUUCCUAUGCAGGACUGCAACUGGGUCUGCAGGACCAAAUUAUCCACCUUUACAAGGCACUCCUCUCCUACCAGAUGACAUGUGUUUGCUCAUACUAUCGAAACCGGGGCUUUGUCUUCCUGAAAGACCUUGUGCAGCUUCAUGAUUGGGAUGGGCAACUAGAUGAUGUCAGAGAAGCAGUAACAGCAGUUCUUGAGAACUCAAAGGAGUACAGUGCCCAGCAAAUUGUGGAUUUCCAUGAGGAAGAAACAAGAACUCUCCAAAACAUCUUCCAUGACCUCCACCAUGGCCUUGAGAAGCAGGCAGCGUUGCAGAAAGAUCUCCAAGAGAAAAAUGAAAACAAAAAGUGUCUGCAAGACCUGCGCCUUACUGAUCCUCAGCAUGACAUGGAACGCAUUGAAGGUAGCAAAGGUCGACUAUUGCCUGAAUCAUCUACAUGGAUUCUGUACCACCCUUCCUUCACGGACUGGAGACAUGGUGAGACAACCCAGUUCCUGUGGAUGAGAGCAGACCCUGGAAAGGGGAAGACAAUGCUUAUGAUCAGCAUCAUCGAGGAUUUGCAGUCCGACCCUGGAUUCACCCCGCUAUCUUUCUUUCUCUGUCAGGCAACAGAUGCAAGGCUCAACAAUGCUACUGCAGUCAUCAGAGGCUUGAUUUACAAACUGGUCCAUCAACAACCCUUUCUCAUCUCACACAUCCAUGAUGAGUAUGACAGAGCAGGAUCAAAAUUAUUUGAGGGUGGCAAUGCAUUUGUUGCAGUAUCCAAAAUCCUUCACAACAUGCUGCGUGAUCACAGGCUGAAUCAAGUGUACUUGGUGGUAGAUGCGCUUGAUGAAUGUCAGUCUGGAUUGGAGCAACUCUUGAAGUUUAUUUUUGAAUCACUGUCAGAUCCCAACAGUCAAGUCAGGUGGCUUGUGUCCAGUCGCCAUAAACCUGAGAUUGAGAAGGAGUUAUUCAAUAGGAGCAAGACAGAGCUCAAUCUUGAUAAGGAUGUGGAAAAUGAAAUUUCAUAUGCUGUCAAAGCUUACAUUGAUCACCAGAUGCAAAAUGUUAUUGCUCAGUAUGAAAAGAAAUAUAGGGACAUUGACCAUGAAACCCGCAUGCAGCUUCGAAAUAUUGAAGGCAACAUCGCGGAGGAUCUCCAUAGAAAGGCUGAAAAUACCUUUCUCUGGGUGGCCCUUGUUUUUCAGCAGAUUCAAGCAAGAGACUGUGAUGCUGAUGAGGUCCUGGAUUUUGUUUACAAAAUGCCUGUUGGCUUGCAUGAAUUGUACAAUCAGAUGAUGGAUCGAAUCAUCCAGCUCAGCCAGCAACAAAAUAGGUAUGCUUGUUUCUGCAGAGAAGUGCUCUUAAUUGCAGUCAAUUCCUAUCGCCCACUGCAAUUAUCUGAAAUGGUCACACUUGCUGCACUGCCAAAGUUUGCAGAUACUCGGAAGAUAAUACAGCUAUGUGGUCUUCUUUCCCUCAAAGAAGAAGAAGCAACCAUCUACUUUGUUCACCAGUCAGCAAAAGACUAUCUUAUUGAGCACGCAAAGCCAGAAAUCAUAUCUCAGAUAUUCCCUGAUGGAUGCAGGAAGGGACAUCAAAGAAUAAUGUCACAAUCAAUUGAAUCCAUGUCACAAAUUUUGAAACGGGAUAUUCAUUCUUUGCAGCACCUUAAAGAUGUCCAUACACCAUCACUUGCACCAAUUCGAUACGCGUGCGUAUAUUGGGUUGAUCAUCUCCAUGAAAUGGGACCACAUAGUGAAAUGUUCCUCCAUGAUACUGGAAUGGUUGAUGUUUUUCUCAGGGAACAUCUUCUUCAUUGGUUGGAAGCCCUGAGUCUGAUAAAGAGCAUGUCAAGCAGCGUGUUUGCAAUAGCUAAGCUCACCACCAUGGUCAGAAGUGUGUCACAAGGGUCCAGACUUUUUGAGCUGAUUCAUGAUGUCCAUCGGUUUAUUUUGUUUAACAGAGGUGUCAUCGAGAAUGCACCAUUGCAAGUGUAUUAUUCUGCACUAAUCUUUAGUCCAACUCACAGCUUGACACGAUGUCUUUUUCAGGAUGAGGGACCAAAGUGGGCCAUUGCAAAGUCAGUUAUUGCAUGGGGAGCAACAUCUAUUACCCAAAAGAUGUGUGAGACACCUCAGCAUCACACUUUUGGUUUGAACACUGAUGGAACAUGGAUCGCUCGCAAUGGUCAGAACGUGAUCUGGCUGCCAUCAGAAUAUCGCCCGAGAAGCUUUGCUCUUACAUCAAGCACCAUGGUCAUUGGAUGUACCUCAGGUCGGGUUUUAAUACUUGAUAUUUCUAACAAGGCAUCUUGA